UUUUUUCUGACGAAUUAUGAUUUUAAAUGUUUUCAAAAAUGGAACUAAUAAAUAACCAUGGAAAGAAAAUGUGUAAUUAUUUAUUUUCUUAUAUACUAACUUGAUGUAUAUUAAUAAAAUUGAAAACAUUUUAACGUUUAGUAAAUAAUAUAUGCGAUAGAAUAAUUUAGAAUUUUAUUCGGCAAAAAAUAAAGAUACUUCUGGAUGUCAAGUCUCUAAAAUUUUCUAUCGAUAUAAAUAAAAGAAUAAACAAUUUAGUAACAAUAACUUUUGAGAGGAUCAUGUCAAUUAAAAUAGAAAGACGAAGAAUUCUCAAACCUUAUCUGGGUGGGUGGCGACAUAAAAUCACUGGAGUGGAAUAUGUAAAUGCAACUUCCCAGACCGGACCUUUGUCAAAGCGAAAACCAUGGGAGAAAACGUAUAGUAAAGCAGUACAAUGUAUGCAAACGAAAGACGAAGCAACACAAUCACUACGUCAUCGUGCGACGCAAAUGUGGCGAGACGAUUAUUAUGUACCUAACGAUGCAGAUAAAUACAUGACUGUAAAAUCUUAUGAGAACUACGCUGACAUGCAGUUUAAUUUAGAUCGACAUGCACGUAUAAUUCAAAGAAACUAUCGAGCAUACAAAUGGAGAAAAUACAUCAAAGAAUGCGCGCAAGCUUAUCGCGACAUUCUUGAGGAAUGUAAAAAAUAUGAAGAAGAAAAAGCUAUUGCAAAUAAAUUGCGGCAUAAACAGAAUAUUCUUCGCCAAAUAUAUCCGCGAUCGAGAGCGGACUUUGACAUGCUUUAUAGUCUCGUCGAAGAAUGGAGGAUCGAUCGUUUGAAGGACAUAAAAUCGCGAUUUUUCAAGGCGGGUCAACGUCCCGAGAAUUACAGGAUUUUAGAGAAGACAGUGGAGAUGCUCAAUCACAUCGAUAAACAUAAACAAGCUAUCAAAAGAUCGUAUCGGAAACAAAGAGCACUCAGAUUUUUAACAUUGAAUUGCAAGCCAAUACGAUGGAAUGGAUACAAAGGCAAACUCGUGGAAAUGGUCACUAUAAAAAUUCAAAAAGCUCGGGAAUUCAAUGAAAUUUAUAACGCAUUGAACAAUCGUGAUGUUAGUACAGAAGAACGGUUGAAAUUAUUGACAGCAUUGAAAAAGUCGAUUGAGCUACAUAAUUGUGGCGAGGCACUUGAUUUGUUGUCUUUAUUGGAUCAGGAGAUCGCGUUGUUAAAUCGAAAGAUUGAGGAUUUAUCGCUCGAUUAUCUAAACGAAAGGAUAACACACACUUACUUGAAUUUUGUGAGAGUGUAUGGUAUUUGUGGCUGCAAAUGUGUUACUGAGUCCUCUAAAGACAAUGAAUUGCAAGAGCCUUUAGAAACAGAAACCAAAGUUUGUAGAAAUUGUUUAAAGCUUCUACCCAUACGUAGAUUUUUGUUACAUACUGGAAUGAAGACGCUAUCAAUUUGCAGAAGCUGCAGUUCUCUACGUCAACGUAAUAUCGCGCAUAUAGAUUACGAUCCUUAUAUGUUUAUAUUAAAUUGCGUGCGUGCUGAGGAAGAACGUCGGGGAAGUACUUCUGCUUUGGCAUUUAUGAUGCAAGAGAAGGAUAUUUAUCAUUUAAUUAAUCGCAUUUGGCAAAGUCAAUCGGCAGUCAGUAAAACUAGAGAUCUUUUCUUUUUAAGAAUGGUUAGAUAUCAAAAGGAUAUCGAAUGGGCGCCUUGGAACUGCAUACUUCUGACAAAAGACGAAGCCGAUAUACAUUAUUACAUUAAUGAUCUCUCUACAAUAUAUUCGAAGCAUUUGAUAAGCGAGAUUAAUUUAAAGCAUCAAAUUGCAAAAAAUUAUUUUAAACAGCUGAUUAUUUUGGAAAAAGAUUUCCGAGAAUCUUGUCGCUUCUCAAAAAUCCAAGAUGGAAUAAAGUACAAACCACCGGUAACUGUAGAAAAUUAUGAUCCCUUUAAAAAAUACAAGUUAUACAUGAAGGAAUUGCAUCACUCCGAUUAAAUCUCUUCAUAUAUUUUUCGAUUAAUUCAACUUUAAUGUAUCAACUCAUUGCUAUUACAAACUAUAUGUUGUUAUGGCGAUUGAUCAGGGAUUUAAUAAACUUUUAUAUUACAUAAAAAUUUUAUUUUGCCAUCGGAUUUCACUGUAUUUUGCUCGUCCAAAUAUUGUUAGAAUAAAAU